AUGUGGUCUUCGGGCGUCUCGUGGACUUUGCCACUUGUACUGCUCAGCGCUCUGCCGGCCAGAGUGUUGGGUGGUGAUGUUCUCUCUACUCAAGGAUACAGUUUGUGUUCGACCGACCCCACAAUCAAGGUCGAAGCCUUGGAUAUUCAAUACGACCGAACAACGGGCAUGGUAGUCUUCAAUGUUGCAGGAAGCAGUUCAGAGUCACAGAACGUCAGAGCCAACAUCGUCGUCACUGCAUAUGGAAAACAGGUAUACCAGAAAGCCUUCAACCCUUGCGAGUCUGGCACAUACGUCGAGCAACUUUGUCCAGUCCCGGCCGGAAGCUUCGCUGCACAAGGUAGCCAAAAGAUUCCUGCCGAAUACGCCAGCCAAAUCCCUGCGAUCGCUUUCAACGUACCCGACCUGGACGGAAUCGCCAAGCUCGAAUUGUUCUCCGACAACGAUGAAACCAAAGAUCUUGCCUGUGUCCAGUCAACAGUCAGCAACGGAAAGUCGAUGAAUGUUCAGGCAGUCACCUAUGUUGCCGCUGGUAUGGCAGGCGCUGCUCUGGGUAUAUCCGCUCUCGGUGCUGUGGCUGGUGGAUUCCACGUUGGUGGAGCUUCGCCCAGUCCUACAUUUGGAGAAACCUUUGGCUGGUUCCAAAGCAUCGCAACAACCGGCAUGCUCAGUGUCUCAUACCCUUCCAUCUACAGCAGUUUCUCCAAGAACUUUGGUUUCAGCACUGGUCUUAUUCCUUGGGGUAGCAUGCAGACCACAAUCGACAGCUUCCGCGAAAAAACAGGUGGAGAUCUAUCGACAGACAGCUGGAACUACUUGCAAAAUGUCACCAUCGUUGAUGGUAGCUACAGCAGCAACCUCACCAAGCGCAGCAUCGACUCCAUGUUCCUCUACGCCAGAGACUUCACCGCCAGUGUCAAUGGUACUGACGUUGUCAGCAACAACUCCACGACUUCUGGCAACGGCACAGCGACCGAAAGCAAACCCAUGCACUACGUUCAUGGCAUCCAGGCUUACGUGGAGAAGCUCUCUAUUCCCCAAGGAAACACUUUCAUGACCAUCUUGCUCUUCUUCGCAAUUGUUAUUGCUGUAAUCACUGUUGGAAUUCUGCUCACUAAGGUUAUUCUCGAAGCCCUGGCUCUCAUGGGCAACCUUCCCAAGUCCAUGAACAGUUUCCGCAAGCGUUACUGGUGGCGUCUCGCAAAGACCAUCACCAAUCUGGUCAUGCUUGCUUAUGGUGUCUGGACUCUUUACUGUGUGUACCAAUUCACCAACGGCGACUCAUGGGCGGCCAAGGUUCUCGCUGGUGUCACUUGGGCUAUUUUCACCUGUAUUCUCGGAUUCUUUGCUUUCACGAUCUGGCACAAAGCCAACACAUACAAGAAGAUGGAUGGAGAUGCAAGCAUGCUGUUUGAGCACAAGGAGACUUGGGUCAGAUACUCUUUCCUCUACGAAAACUUCAAGAAGGGAUACUGGUGGUUGUUCAUCCCUACAAUUGUCUACGCAUUCGCCAAAAACGCCCUUAUCGCUGGAGCCAACGGACACGGCCUGGUUCAGACUAUUGGUCAAAUCGCCAUCGAGUGUGUCAUGCUCAUCCUGCUCAUCUGGUCAAGACCCUACUCACUGAAGAGUGGCAAUGUCAUCAACAUCACCAUUCAGGUCGUCCGCGUUCUUUCGGUCAUCUGUGUGCUCGUCUUUGUUGAAGAGCUAGGUAUCAGUCAGACAACCAAGACCGUCACUGGUCUUGUUCUGAUUGUUGUGCAAUCCGUUCUCACCGGUGUUCUGGCUAUCCUUAUCGCCGUCAAUGCUAUCGUCACCUGUGUCCGCGCCAACCCUCACCGCAAGAGAAGAAAGGAUGCCGAAAAGCUCAACCGCGACCUUGAUGAUCUCACUCCCCUGGACGCUCGUAACUCUCUCCUCAUGGAUCCAACACAACUUACCGAAUACAAGGGCGCAGGCUCACAAGUAUCGGAAUACAAGAAGGCACCUCUUGUGUCACCCUCGCUCAACAGCACAACAAAGAGCAAGAUCGCAUACGAUCCUAUGUCGAAGAAAUCAGACGGAAUCUACAGUGCAAGACCAGGAUUCUCGCGGGACGAGAGUCAACAAAACCUCAUGUCAGGUGCAGCCAGCAUGGGCGGUAGAGACCGAAGCAACAGCCCUGCGGCAAGAGAGCCCAGGUUGCCUGAGAUCGAGCUGGGACAGUUUGACUUCCGCCAUCAGCAUUGA